GCCGCCGCCCGCCAUGGUGUCAUGGAUCAUCUCCAGGCUGGUGGUGCUCAUAUUUGGCACCCUCUACCCUGCAUACUACUCCUACAAGGCUGUGAAGUCCAAGGACAUUAAGGAGUAUGUCAAGUGGAUGAUGUACUGGAUCAUAUUCGCACUUUUCACCACGGCAGAGACAUUCACAGAUAUCUUCCUGUGCUGGUUCCCAUUCUACUAUGAACUGAAAAUCGCGUUUGUGGCCUGGCUGCUGUCCCCCUACACAAAAGGCUCCAGCCUCCUGUACAGGAAGUUCGUGCACCCCACGCUGUCUUCGAAAGAGAAGGAAAUUGAUGACUGCCUGGUCCAGGCGAAAGACAAGAGCUACGAUGCCCUCGUGCACUUCGGGAAGCGCGGCUUGAACGUGGCAGCCACAGCCGCUGUCAUGGCUGCUUCCAAGGGCCAGGGUGCCUUGUCAGAGAGACUCCGGAGCUUCAGCAUGCAGGACCUCAGCACCAUCAGGGGAGAUGGCGCCCCUGCUCCCUCCGGCCCCCCUCCACCUGGGCCCGGGCGGGCCAGCGGCAAACACGGCCAGCCCAAGAUGUCACGGAGCGCUUCUGAGAGCGCCAGCAGCUCAGUGUGCACCUGCUGCGCCACCUGCAGGACCCGGAAAGUGGUUGAGGGAGAUGUGGACGAGGGUGGUGUGAAGGCCUGGGAGCCCCUCCAGGCCCACAACCCACUGGCGUUCUCUGACGAGGAGGAGGAGGACCUGCUGGAUUUCAUGUACAAGUAUAAAGCACCAAAGAGGAUGGAUCCGCCCCUGGAGGCACCGCCUAGACUCCUGCGAUCCCGCUUCAGGAAGAAGAGUACCUCGUCCUCGGCCACCGAAACCACGUGAGUGAGAUGAGCCAUCGGCACCGGAUCCACAGAGCGUCUCUCCUCUGCCUUAAAGAGCUGGUCACCAUCCAGAUCCACGCGCGGACUCUGCCUUGCCUCACGCCCUUUGCCUCUCGGGAUUUCUCUUUCUUCCCUCCCCUUUUCUUCUCUUCUUCCUUUGUUUUGCUGGGGAGAGGCUAAGGGAAAGGUGAUAGUGGGGUGACUGUCAUGCCUUCUGAGGUCGGUAUGUCCCCUCCACUGGAUGGUCACUACAGAGAGCAGUGUGCUUUCAGAACGUCAGAGAUCUCCCCUGUGCUGCUGAGUUGUACACUUGUAAUUUAUCUGUUGCAGACUUAGUUUUUAGUCCUGUAAAUGCAAACAAAGCAAUUUUUUUAAAAACUUUUUUUUUUCUUGGUACUACUCCUUUGGACUCUGAUGAACAUAUUUAUGGCUUUGGCUUAACAUAAUGAGCUUGCAAGGGCUGCCAGAGGUUCCAAUAAGUGAGAAAACUGUAAAAACAGAAUUGUUAAAAAAAAAAAAUCAAUUCUAGAUCAUGUCUUUUAUGUGCUUUUAAAGCUUUCAAAUCCAGCUACCCUGAAGGAAGAUGGUUCCUUCUUGCCACAGUUGUGAGGCGGCAGCUCGGAGGGCAGGGGCUGGAGAGCCCAGCAAAGCCCCCGGG